UUUCUUCGUUGUUACUUUCUAGAAUUCUGUUUGCCUACUACAUUAACAGUAAUAAUUAGCUUCCAAAGUAUUAAUAAAUCGUAAUAAAAACUGUAAUAAAUAUGUCGCCUCCGUCGGAUUCCCACCUUGCCCAACCACCGCGCAGCAAGAGCACACUGGUGUUCAGCGUUAUACAGAUAUUAUGCGGUAUCGCAUUACUUAUUAGCGACAUUUUCUCUUUUGUCGAAUAUCAUGCGUUCGAAGCGGUGAUGCGUACCGGUGGAGCGUCGGGAAUUUGGAUUGGGAUCUUCUUCGUCAUUACCGGCGGAUGUGGGAUAGUCGCCUACGAAGCAGCAGGAGAAACGCAGCUGUCCAUCGCCUCGCUUCGACGCCAUCUCCAAAUCAGCCUGAUCCUCAGUAUUCUGGCUACCAUCGCCGCUUUCUCCUUCCUGAUUUAUUUCGGCUCACUGAUCGGCAGCGGUACUUAUGUAAACGUUCAUAAUGUUAUCAACCAAAACGGUUAUAGCAUUGUGCAAGACUAUCACAGUUAUCUUGGUUACGGUGACGGUCCGGUUCCCGCAAACCUCUGUUUCCACUUGUUGAUGUUUCUCUUCAGCCUGAUCCAAGCGGUGUUCACCGGAUUGCGAUUGCGUAAACUGCCGCACACCAUUGCCACCACCACGGUGUCGCAUGUGAUGGUGCCGGUACAACAUGAACCGGCUGUACUGCCGAAUUAUCCGCCAGCAGCGGGAUAUUACGGGCAUCCGAUGUAUCCUAACAAUACUUCUGCACCGGGACAUCAAGGCCAGGCUGUGCAGUUUCAACCGUUACAAACUCAUCCAGGACCUAGCUACCUCACGCACUGAAACCAUUUCAGAAAAUCUUUAAUGCUGCACAGAUUACAGUAUGCUAAAAGCAACAACCAAAUAUCUUGAUGGAUGUUUCUGUACGUAGUACAUAAUAGUCGGAAAACUUUCGUAAACGAACUGCCAUUUUUGUUGCGCGUGCCACUACAACAAUCGUUCUGAUAUUGAUAUUUGAAAGUUUAUAUGUUAAUUACCACGCAUCUAACAUGAAAAACGUAAAUAUUUAUGAUAAAUAUUGUGCCGACUGACGACCAUAAUUGUUAGUGGUGAGACUUUGCUGUUCAUUCUAAAUAUAGAAGUACGUACAAUUAAUCUAUAAUUUGGUACUUACAAAU